GUGCCAAGCCGGCACUAUUCAGGGCCUGAAAAUCCUUCUUAAUAGUGCCGGCUUGGCACCAUUCAGGACUGUUCGACUUCAGAGUGCAGCGCUUGCGCUUUGCUGGGCUGACAGAGUACCAAACGAACGGAUUUGGAUCAAUCGUGCGGUGGGCGACGUGGGCGGGCUUCACGAAGUUUCGUGAGGCUCUUGGACUGUCGAAAACACGGCAUCGGUCACAUUAAAAUUAACUUGAUUGACCAGAUGGAUUUGUUGCACAGCAGUUGUUCUCUGCCACCUCAGCGCAAGCACUCGCCAAGGAAACGUUGCUACUGGCUUCAAACCGUAGACCGUGCUGCCCGAUGAAAGUUCACCUCGCUAUCAAAUUGUUAUGUGUUGUAUUGCAAGAAGGCCGUAGCACUAUUCAGGCAACAGAGGUACCCCUCGACAGCGAAAGGAAGACGCUCGCUCAUGGACCCACCCGAUGUACAUUUGGAGGGCAAACAUGGAUGGAUCUAGUGCUCGUUACAUGAGCACACAAAAGCAGAUGCCACCUAAAAGAAGGGUGAAGAAGAUAACGAACUCCCCUGUUCCUUCGACAAAAGCUAGAGAGAAGACCAAGCCUUCAGAGGCAAGAAAAACGACUGGCCAACCAAUAGACGUCAGCCUCAGUGCGGUCAAAAACAGGAAAUAUUUUUUUCUCGAGGGCGUGAGAGGGUGGCAUGGAGGAGGAGGCUGAGCUAUUCUCUGGAUAAAAGACAAAAAUAGUAGCAACAGAGAUCGGAGAACUACGUGACUGCCAAGGCUUACUACUUUUCGAACACGCGUUCGUUUCGGAGUGUUUUCAUCCUUCCUUAGAAGUAUUUUAUUUACUACUUCUACACUCUCGUAACUAUUUUUUUUCCUCGGUUUUUCGGGCUUUCACCUCUAGAUUCUGCGCCCCUGCGGCGUUUGUUGUGAGGAAGGUCGUCUUCCUCAAAACUCUUGUUGUUCCCCUCAACGCCAUAUUUUCCUCCUGCAUCAUCACUGCUAUCCUUGGCUAUAUUUUCCAUAUCCUUCGUCACUAAUGUACAGUAUCACCAUCUUCCUUUUCGCUCGCCUCACUACUGAAAUCCCAGCCUGAUGGUGGAGCCUGGUCGAUCGGUAAAACGUGACAUUUGAAGACGUCACGCGUACCGAGAGAAACCGAGCUAUACUUGUAGCUCGAAGCGAAAUCGUCUCCGAAUCCUGUCGGCGUGGAAGGCUUGAGACGCAAAAAGGCUGUGUUUGGGGUGUGAACCGGCUCAAUUGGCGUGAUCGAUAGUGCCUGAACCGGCACUCAGCGGGCAGCCCUGGAUAGUGCCAAACCGGCACUAUUCAGGCCUGUGUCUGUGUCGAGAAAUUUUACCGGCACUGUACCGGACGUUGGCACUAUUCAACCGGCACUAUAUCGGGACACCUACUGUACACGUUUCAAGUAGACCGGACGGACACCCCCACCAAUCACUCUAUAUUCCGUCUUGAAGAUGGGACAUGAUGAAGUCUAAUUUGUCGCCGGGAGGCGCGAGUACUUCGCCGAGCGCGUUGUCGGAGGGGUAUCGUUGGAGCCAUUCGCACCUUGAAGCGGUGCAUAAUUGUUUACAUUGGCGUGUGCCAACGCUUGUUGGAGGCCAAUUGCAUUGAGCCAGCACGAUACGGCGGAUUAUUUGUGAAACAAUACAUAAGAGCAAGGUUCAUCAUAGACUACAGCAGUGUUCAGCGCAGCAAGUGUUCAGCGCAAGGGGUGGGGUGUGUGUUUGUGUGGAAGUGUGGGCGCCUGUGGUCGUAGUCAUUGAGGUUCCACAAGACGCUGGUGCUGGUGCACUUUCUUGUCCAAAGAGCACAAGACGCGCACUGCUCUUUCCGUUUGGAAACCGCGUUGGUGCUUGUGGCCACCUCUCGCUAGUACGACCACCGCCGUGUAACGUGUAACGUCGGCGGAUGUUUUUUUUUGUUGUUUUAAGAUGCAACGAAUCCAUCUCUACUACUCUAACAUAGGAAAGAGUCUUAUGCAUAUGAUAGCAACAAUCCUUUGCGUCAGCGGAAGCUACCUGUACUUCCAGCAACCGACUUUACGGCUGCUGUUUGGUAAGCCAUCUUGUGAAAUGUAUCUAGCUGUCUAUCUGUCUGUCUGUAUGUUCAUUUUCAUUAUUCUCUUGUGUGGAACGUGCGAAUCUAAACUUUGUUAGAAGUAGGGAAAAAAAAAAACAAGAGAGCGGUGAUGGUGGGAUGCAGCCCGGCGCGCCCUGGCGAACUUCCCUGCCGCUCCCAGCCGUUGGAUUCUCCUUCUCCCAUUGUUGUUGUUUGUUGUUGUUUUUCUUCACAUUAAACUCGUGUCAGUUGCUAAUCCCAAAAUCUAGCAAAGACUCGGUCCGUGGUCACAAAAAUGCUAGAGCCAUCAGAAGAUCUAAAGAACACACACACUAUCAGCAAGAAAAGGGUACGCAAGCCCGAGGAGGUACACCUACAAUCAAUUCCUGCAGCACGUUUGCGUGCUCACAACUGAACUCCACGCCCACACACUACAAUUCGACUACAGCAGCAGCAUCACCCCCCUUGUCCCGCAUUUAACCAAAAUGAAUGUUUGUCGACUACAGCGUACUGCUGUCUGAAGUGCUGUCUGUACAAAAACAACACCUGGUGCAUGGUACACAAGCUCGGGGCAUGCAGCUGCUGUCUGAAGUGCUGUCAGAAUGAGCCGCCAGUGGACAUACCAUGAAGAAGAACGCCCAACCAGAGCCAUCAUUGCAAUUGACAAAUCACCCGAAUCUAUCCAGGUCAUCUGUGUUAGGCACAGCAGUGUAAACAUGGACACUGACUAGGAAUCGUUCCACAUUGAAGGGGUCUUCCACGAUGCAGGCACACAAUUAAGGCACCCGGGUUAUCCGCGCCAUCUCUGCCGCGUCUCUCUACAAAACCAGUGACGUCAUCACACACACCCAACAUCUGUUUUCGGGAAAAACACGGAAAAUAAUUGACUCGUCUAACACAAGAGAUGUUUGUCUGUGCGCCACGGUUCGAUGCCGUCCGCAUGCUCCGGUUCCGCUGCUCCGGUGCCGCUGUGGCCAGUCCUAGCACGACCAAACUCGACCCGGUCCGCUUCGUACACGCUCUCGUUGCUGUCCUUCCCAGUCGGUUGCUCGCUUUCGCCCUCGUUGCACUUAGGGUUCUUGGUCUGGAAAUUCUCGCGCCGAAGGGUCAACCAGCCCAAUCAGCUCGUCACCACCUGUCCCCUCCUCCUUUGAUGGCAAAACCAGGUUACUGAGGCAGUACAGCUCACUAUAGCAAACCUAGGGCCGUGUACAUACAUAGUGCCCGUCCACCUUUCUGAUGACGUCUGCCUCCGCGCACAAAGAUGAGAUGGGCAUUGCUGCCUACACC